AUGGCAUUUCUUGGCUUUGAACGAGUACGGAGAAACUUCAGGAGCUUGUGGAUAAAUGGGAGGAUUAAUGAACAAAAGCAGGUGUACAAAGGCAAUGCCAGUUCUCAAUUGCGACAAAUGCGUGCAGUAGGCAUAGUAACACAAAUAGGUGCAUACUUCUUUUUAGCAUCUGGGGUUCCGGGUUUGGGCAUGUCUGCCAUGGCAACUUUGGCAAUGGAGCAUGCAGCAGCAGCAGCAGCCACUGCAAACAUCAAGUCCCUUCUGGUGCUGUUGUUUCUCUCUUCCACCAUUUUUCCAUUCUGGGAAUCCUUGGAGGCCUUAACCACCACCAUGACACGGCAGGAGGUGGUGGCUGCUGCGGCUGAGCCACCCAAGAAUUAA